GGUGCAUGUGGAAAAGAGAGGAAGGAAGUCUUUUAUACUUUUUCAAAGCCUGUGAAAGGAGUCCAUUUCCUUUCCCAUGAAAUUGUGACAACACACAUCCCUCCAGACCAAGAUAAGAGACUAAAGACUACAGAGUAGAGGUGGCAGAAGUUGGGACUCAAGUUCACCCUAAGAGGCAAGAGGCAGGUGGCUUAACCCUCUCAGAUGAUCUGGCACAACUGGACCACUGAAUUUCUUCUGCAGCUGAGCCUCCGUUCUGUGUGCAAAAUCCUAUUAUAUCUGAGCCUGCUCAAGAGUAGGUAAAUAACUCUGGAAAAAAUAGCCAGUUUUAAUGCUUAUAAACUGUUCAUACUCAAGAACAACUGGAUAUUAAUGGAAUGGGGUGAGUGAUUUGCUUUCUCCCUGACUGCCUCCCAGGAUGUAAUUCUUUUUCCCAGAAGGAAGAGUGAGGUUCAACUGAAGCCAUUCUCCAGACCAGCAGGAGGUCCUUACUCUUCUCAGAAUAGUGUUUCUGCAUAAGGUUUUAGCCAUGUGGCUCUACCUAGCUGUCUUGCUGGGGUUUUAUUUCCUUCGCCAGUGGUACCGGGAGAGACAGACUGUGGGGAAUCUAACAGAGAAAUACGUCUUCAUCACCGGUUGUGAUUCUGGGUUUGGGAACCAUCUUGCCAGGCAGUUGGAUACUCGGGGCAUGAGGGUUUUGGCAGCUUGUCUCACCCAGAAAGGGGCAGAGGAACUGGAGAGGCUGACAUCAGACCGAUUGAAAACUAUUAUUUUGGAUAUCACCAUCCCAGAGAACGUGGCGGCAGCAGCAGAGUGGGUGAAAGGAUGUGUUGGCAACAAAGGUCUCUGGGGCUUGGUAAACAAUGCUGGCAUUGGUGAUCCAUCAGGUCCCAACGAAUGGCUGACCAAAGAUGAUUUUGCAAAGGUGAUCAAUGUCAACCUGCUUGGCUUGAUUGAUGUGACUCUACACAUGCUGCCCCUGGUGAGAGCAGCCAGCGGAAGAGUGGUCAAUGUCACCAGUGUAUUUGGAAGACUACCUUACAUCGGAGGAGGCUAUUCUCCAUCCAAGUACGGCGUAGAAGCCUUCUCUGACAGCCUAAGGCGAGAGCUCCGUCCCUUUGGAGUCCAACUCAGCAUUAUUGAACCUGGUGCUUUCCACACACCUCUGCUCAAAUCUAUGGAAGAGACGUUCAGAAAAACAUGGAGCCGGGUGCCUUCUGACAUUAAAGAACUCUAUGGGGAGCAGUACUUGGAGAACUUGUGCAAAGUAUGCCAACGUAUCAUCCAGGAUGCCAGCCAGAACCUCUCUCUGGUUACUGACUCCAUAGAGCAUGCCUUGACGUCUUGCUACCCUCGCACACGCUACACUGCAGGUUGGGACGCAAAGCUGCUCUUUAUCCCUCUUUCCUAUAUGCCAACAUCACUAACAGAAUAUAUGAUGACUUAUUUUAUGCCAGAGCCAGCACAGUCAAUGUAAAUUAGUGUAUUAUGCAAGGCCCAUGGAAAAAGGGCUUUGCCGUCUUCCAAAUCAGCCAAGAAGUUGUAUAGAUGGGGCACAACUUCCAGUUCUUCUGGGGAGGCCCUUCUUUCGCCCCCGCCAGUCUCCCAGACUCAUCUGGUGAGUACAAGGGAGAGAGCUUUUUCCUCUGUGGCUCCCCGACUCUGGAACGCACUUCCUGGAGAGAUUAGGAAAGCCCCUACCCUAGAAACCUUUAAAAAGAACCUUAAAACCUGGCUCUUCCACUGCUCAUUUGAUGAAUAGAUUUACAUCCACAUACUAGUGCUUAGUUUUCAUGGUUCUGUUACUGGAGUGCAUUCCCCCCUAUAGGAAAGCUUUGCUUCACAACCUCCACUAAAACGAGCUCUCCACUGCAAAUAAUCUGUCCUUGUUUAUCUCGUGUUUAUCUUGCCUGAGUUUUUAAUCUGUUUCUACCCAGUUUUCUUUUAUCCAUUACAUGUAGCUCGCCCAUGUUAUUGUGAUUGUGUUUAUUGUAAUUUUAUAUUGCUAUGUUGUCUUUUGUUUUAUGUAAUUGCAUUAUUAUUGUUUAUUAUUUGCAUUUUCGGGCUUGUUUUAUUUCAUGUAAUUGUUGUUUUGGGCUUGGCAUCAUGUCAACCGCACCAGGUCCUCAUCAGGGAGAUGGAGUGGGGUACAAAUAAAGAUUAUUAUUAUUAUUA